AUGGAUUCCAGAACCGAUAAGGAACGCGACAUUCUCGAUGACCGGCCGCCCGAAAUCACCGAAGGCGAGACGGCGCGUGUCGUCGACCAUAUCGCCGAGCGGCAGCUGUGUCGCAAAUUCGAUAUCCGCUUGAUGCCAGUGCUUGCCAUCAUGUACCUUUUCAACGCGCUCGACAAGGGCAAUUUGGGCAAUGCGCAGACGGCCAAACUGAGCGACAAUCUCAACUUCAAGCCGAAUCAGUACAACUUGCUCGUCUCCAUCUUCUUCGUGCCCUAUGUGAUAUUUGCUCCCCCCAUCGCCAUCAUCGGCAAGAAGUUCGGCGCCGCGCGCGUGCUGCCCAUCUUGAUGUUCACGUUUGGCUCCAUGACCUUGCUGUCCGCCUGCGUCAACAACUUUGGGGGGCUCUUUGCUCUGCGAUUCUUCCUAGGCAUGGCCGAAUCGGGCUUCUUCCCGCUGGUCAUCUACUACCUGACGACGUUCUAUCGUCGUGGCGAACUCGCGCGCCGCCUCGCCAUCUUCUAUGCCGCAUCCAACAUCGCGAACGCUUUUCAGAGCGGUCUUUUGGCAUUCGGUGUCUUCCAGAUUAGAUCCAAGCUGCUAGUCUGGCGGUAUCUGUUCCUCAUCGAGGGCGCGUGCUCGGUACUCUUCUCGAUCUUCGCAUUCUGGUACCUCCCUCGCAGCGCAGCCGAGGCCAAGUUUCUCGGUGAGGAGGAAAAGUCGCUGGCCUUCCACCGCAUGCAGGUCGACUCUUCGUCCGUCGUCCAGGAGGAGUUCAACUUCAGGGACUCUAUUAAAAUCUUUACCUAUCCGACAACGUACUGCUUUCUUCUCAUCGAGAUCUGUCUAGGCGUGCCGAUUCAGUCUGUUGCGCUCUUCAUGCCCCAGAUCAUCCAGCGCCUGGGCUACGGACUGGUCAAGACCAACCUCUACACUGUUGCACCCAACGUCGGUGGCGCCGUCAUGCUGCUCAUCCUCGCAUUCAGCUCCGAUCUGCUCCGCAUCCGGUUUCCAUUCAUCAUGACGGGGUUUGCCUUGUCGUUCAUAGGCUUCAUCAUUUACGCGGCCAUCUCCGACGUCCAGGCCCAAUUGCAGCUGGCCUACUACGCGUGCUUCAUGAUGGUCUGGGGCACCUCCGCGCCGUCCGUCCUCCUGUCGACGUGGUACAACAACAACAUCGCGCACGAGGGCCGCCGCGUCGUGCUCACGUCCGUCGGCGUCCCGCUGGCCAACCUCAUGGGCCUCGUCUCGAGCAACAUCUUCCGCGAGAACGAGAAGCCCAAGUACCCCACUGCCCUAAUCACGACCGCCUGCUUCGGCGGCUGUGGGUGCCUCAUUGCGGGCCUGCUGGGCGGGUACAUGGUGUUUGAUAACAUGCGGAGGAAUCGCCGCGCCGGGAGCAAGACGACGGCGGCGGACGUGCCCACGCAGCGUCUGCGCGAUGGGCCCUCCGCCCCCGAGUUUCGCUGGUUCUUCCCCAUGGUUCGGUGGGUUUCUGGUGCGGCGCCGUCUUCGGACUAG